GGCUUGGGCGGGGCGAAGGCCUCAGUUCGGGGGAGCGAGAAUGGGUGGGGAAGGAACGGAGAUGGCCGAGCCCGGGGAAGACAGCAAGGCCAGCGACGAGGUUGGGGAGGAAGCCUCGGUGCCUGCCCACCAGCCCAAUGGAUACCUGGCCGGCAAAGAGCCGGGUGAGAGCAGCAGUUGUAUACCUCUGGUAACCGAGAAUGAUGUGGAGGUUGGAAGAAGCGCCGCUUCUUUUGCUGAUCUCGAGAGGUAUCCUGAAGCAGAGGUUAUGCUCUCUGAUUGCACCUCGGUGGUGAAGAUGACCCCUCGGCUGUCCAAACGCAGGCUGGUGGUGCUGGCCGUCUUCAGCUGCUAUUCUCUAGUAAAUGCCUUCCAGUGGAUCCAGUACAGCAUAUUGACCAGUGUCUUCACUCGCUAUUAUAAUGUUUCCUCUUCUGAAAUUGACUGGCUCUCCAUGUCAUAUAUGGUGGCAUAUGUUCCCCUCAUAUUUCCUGCUACAUGGUUGCUGGACACGCGUGGCCUCCGCCUCACUGCCUUGCUGGGAUCAGGACUAAACAGCCUGGGGGCCUGGAUUAAGUGUGCCAGUGUUCAACAAAACCUCUAUCUGGUCACUCUGCUGGCACAGAUUGUGUGUUCCAUAGCCCAGGUCUUCAUUUUGGGGUUGCCCUCCUGCAUUGCUUCUGUUUGGUUCGGGCCCAAGGAAGUGUCCACUGCUUGUGCUGUAGCUGUUUUGGGCAAUCAGCUAGGCACAGCAAUUGGCUUUUUACUGCCUCCAGUUUUAGUUCCGAAUACAUAUAAUGACUUGGAUCUCAUGGGACAUAAUAUCCUCAUAAUGUUCUCUGGCACAGCAGCAGUAUCCACACUCCUCUUUUUAUUAACAGGAUUUGUGUUUCAGGAAAAACCUAAAUAUCCUCCAAGUCAGUCUCAGGCUGUUCUCCUGAAUCCAUCUCCAAAAGAUCACUCCUAUAAACAAUCAAUACUCAAUUUGUUUAGAAACGUUCCUUUUAUUCUUUUGCUGAUAAGCUAUGGAAUUAUGACUGGAGCCUUUUAUUCAGUGUCAACUCUACUCAACCAAAUGAUUCUAACUCAUUAUGAGGGAGAAGAAAUAAAUGCAGGUAGGAUUGGCCUCAUACUUGUGGUAGCUGGAAUGGUGGGGUCUAUUAUUUGUGGCUUGUGGCUGGAUCAUACCAAGACAUACAAACAGACUACAUUAAUUGUGUACAUCCUCUCUUUUGUUGGGAUGGUCAUAUUUACAUUCACCUUGGACUAUGGACACCUUAUAGUUGUAUUUGUGACUGGUGGAGUACUUGGUUUCUUUAUGACAGGUUAUCUGCCCCUUGGUUUUGAAUUUGCUGCGGAAAUUACAUACCCAGAGUCAGAAGGCACCUCAUCAGGGCUCCUAAAUGCUUCAGCACAGAUAUUUGGGAUUAUAUUUACGUUGAUCCAAGGGAAGCUUACAACAGAUUACAGUCCUCGUGCUGGAAAUAUUUUCCUCUUUGUAUGGAUGUUUAUAGGUAUCAUUUUAACAGCUUUAAUUAAAUCUGAUUUGCGAAGGCACAUUGUAAAUUCAGGGAUUGUAACUGUGGACAUUAAAUCUAUACCUAUUAACAGUCCUAUUGAAGAUGAACAAAAUAAAGCCACAUCAAAAAGCCAAUCAGAAUCAGAAAUUUAAAAUGGAAAAACACAAGACUCACGAUUGGCAGCUUUGUCAAAUAGAAGCAACCUAAUGGAGAAUCACAAGACCUGUAAGCCUAAGAAUUGUGCUGUGUGGUUAGCACGCAACACUACU